AUGCUGGAGAAAUACGCAGAAUCUUCCCUUCUUGUUUUUACAGGUAUAUUUGGACCAGACGAGGGCUGGGCAGCAGCCUAUCCAGAAUGUAAGGAGAAAAACCAGUCACCGAUCAACAUUAUGGACGAAGAUGCGAAAAUAUCCACUGAGUUUCAGGAAAUUACACUGGAAGGCUUUGACGCUGAAUCUUCGAAUAAGACGUCGAUGAAGAACACUGGCAAAACAGUGGCCAUAAUGCUCAAAGAUGAUUAUUUUGUGAGAGGAGCAGGCCUACCGGGGAGAUUUAAAGCAGAGAAAGUGGAGUUUCACUGGGGGCCAAGCAACGGAUCGGAGGGCUCUGAACAUAGCAUCAAGGGCCGACGUUACCCUGUGGAGAUGCAAAUCUACAUGUACAACUCUGAUGACUUCGACAGCCUCAGUACUGCACUUAGGGAGAAGAGAAUCAUAGCAGCUAUGGCAAUUUUCCUUCAGGUUGGAGGAAAAGAUAACCCUGCAGUUGACCCUAUAAUUCAUGGCUUAAAGGGUGUGGUCCAUCAUGAAAAAGAGACUUUCUUGGAACCUUUUGCCCUAAAAGACCUGCUGCCAUCGUCGUUGGGCAGCUACUAUCGCUACACGGGCUCACUGACCACUCCUCCCUGCAGUAAAAUUGUGGAGUGGAUCAUCUUCAGCAGACCGAUCUAUGUCUCUUACAAACAGCUAGAGGCGUUUUACUCAAUCUUCACCACGGAGCAACAGGACCAUGUUAAAUCUGUGGAAUAUCUACGCAGCAACUUCAGACCCAUUCAGAGCCUGGACAAUCGCCAUGUUUUUAAGUCAGCAGUGAAAGACGCUUGGCUGCCUGACCUGUCUCACAGCGGGAGUGGGCCUUAUGGCACAGAAUCUUCCAGAGUGUGCAGCAGUGCUCCUGUAAACAUGAAGGUGCAACAUGUGAAUAUAAGUGCCCUGGUGGUUCGCUGGGCACGUCCAGAGGUCAUCUAUCACCCACCGAUCCUCCAUUUUUUGGUGUCCUACAGCUGGACAGCUCAUGAUGACAGCUAUGAAGAGACACACCUCACUGAUGCAAGACACAAACUGGAGGCUGUCAUCUCCCACGUCUCACCGGAUGUGCUGUACCUUUUUCGGGUUCAGGCUGUCUGCACCAAUGACAUGCGCAGUGAUUUCAGUCAGAGCAUGCUCUUCAGAGCAAACACCACGAGAAUCUUUGAGGGGACACGGAUCGUAAAAACCGGAAUGCCAACAGUUUCACCAGCAUCUUCAGCCGAUAUGGCCCCGAUCUCCUCUGGUUCAUCUACCUGGAGCUCCUCAGGCAUUCCCUUUUCCUUUGUCUCAAUUGCAACAGGCAUUGGCCCUUCCUCCAGUGGUAGUCAGGCAACAGUGGCGUCUGUGCUCACCAGCACUUUACUAGCCGGACUUGGCUUCAGUGGAGGAGUCAUUUCCUCCUUUCCUAGCUCACUUUGGACGAGCAGCGCACAAUCGCACAAUCUCACACCUCAGCCCAAUGAGCACGCCAUGGCCAGUAAUGAUGUCAGCACUCCUGUUGUCACAAAAUCCUCAGAGAGGGAAAACAGCAUGACAGGGAGUGAAGGCAGUGACAAUGAGAAGGCUAAAGAGGAGGAAAGUGAAAGGGAAGGAGAGGAUGAGGAGGAAGAAGACAAAGAGGACAAAAAUCAGAAGAAACAAAAGAAGCGGCCUUUAGAGGUGGUAGAGGAAGGGAGAAUGUAUGACAGUGUGGCUGGGAAUGAUCCAGCCUGUGGGAAAUCUGACGCUGCUGCAAAAGAAAAAGAAGAGACGGCGCCAGUUCCAACUUAUUGGCCACGUGUUGUAGAAGACCUGCGGGUGGUCUACAACUUUGGUCUAUUUGUCCAUAACCACACCAAGGUCACCAUAUUCCUGGUUCCUGAGGAGUACUACUUGAUGCUUACGCUGCGCAGAUUGGAGCUCCGGGAAUAUCGGACGACCUCCAUCCAUACCGUGACCAACAGGACCCACCAAGUGAGAAAUAGAUCAUGGCCGGACCAUGUGCACUGGAUGACACCUUUGAUGAUGGUGUCUGCUCUGCUGCUUGCUGUACUUAUACACUGGAGACGUUGUUUUCAGACAACACAUCUAUAUGUGGAGGACAGCAGUUUGCCCAGGAUGGUGGCCAAUGAAACGGCCCCUGCAGCCUCUAUCCCAGAUGACAUCAAAGUCAUUCAAGUGAAGCACUUCAUCAAUCAUGUCUCAGAACUCUCCUCGAAUAACUUACAUGGAUACUCACAGGAAUUUGAGGAGGUUCAGCGCUGCGCUGCAGAAAUGAAGAUCACAUCGGAAAACUCAAACCAUCCUGAAAACAAGCAUAAGAACAGAUACAUCAACAUAGUGGCCUAUGACCACAGCAGAGUGAAGUUAAGAAUGUUAGUGGGAAAGGAUUCCAAACACACCGACUACAUCAAUGCCAACUAUGUGGAUGGUUACAAUAAGCCCAAGGCUUACAUUGCAGCCCAGGGCCCACUCAAGUCGACCUUUGAGGAUUUUUGGCGGAUGGUGUGGGAGCAGAAUACAGGCGUCAUUGUUAUGAUCACUAACUUAGUUGAAAAAGGACGAAGAAAAUGUGACCAGUACUGGCCAACAGAGAAUAGUGAGCAAUAUGGCAACUUAGUUGUCACAUUGAAAAGUACCAGCGUUCAUGCCUGCUACACUGUUCGACAUUUUACACUGCAUAACACAAAAGUGAAAAAGGGUGGAAAGGGACACACAAAGACACGGGCCCAGAGUGAGUGGAACGUGCUUCAGUAUCAUUAUACACAGUGGCCCGACAUGGGUGUUCCUGAAUACACCUUGCCUGUCCUCACGUUUGUUCGCCGGUCCUCAGCUGCCCAAACGCCUGAUAUGGGGCCGAUGAUUGUCCAUUGCAGUGCGGGAGUGGGUCGCACGGGAACGUAUAUCCUUAUUGACAGCAUGUUGAAGCAGAUCAAGGACAGGCGCACUGUUAACGUACUGGGCUUUCUCAAACACAUACGUGCUCAGCGCAACUACUUAGUACAGACUGAGGAACAAUAUGUAUUCAUUCAUGAUGCCUUGGUGGAAGCCAUCUUGGGCAAGGAGACUGAGGUUGCAGCCAGCAAGCUUCAUCACUACACAAACACCAUCAAGACACCAGGACACGGUGGUCGGACACGUGUGGAAAAACAGUUUAAGUUGAUUACCCAGUGCAAUGCCAGAUUCAUGGAGUGCUUCAGUUCUCAGAAGGAGUGCAACAAAGAGAAAAAUCGAAUUUCCUCAGUCGUCCCAUCGGAACAAGCAAGGGUGAGGUUAACCCCUUUGCCUGGCAUCAAGGGCAGCGAUUACAUUAACGCCUCUUACAUCAUGAGUUACUACCGUAGUAAUGAAUUCAUCAUUACCCAACAUCCUCUGCCCCACACCACAAAAGAUUUCUGGAGAAUGAUCUGGGACCAUAAUGCACAAAUCAUUGUCAUGUUGCCUGCCAACCAUGGACUGGCAGAGGAUGAGUUUGUCUAUUGGCCCAGUCGGGAGGAGGCCAUGAUCUGUGAAGCCUUCACUGUCACCCUCAUCAGCCAAGACAUACUCUGCUUGUCCAGUGAGGAACAGAUCAGCAUCCAUGACUUCAUUCUGGAAGCUACACAGGAUGAUUACGUAUUAGAGGUGCGACACUUUCAGUGCCCCAGGUGGCCAAAUCCUGACAUGCCCAUCAGCAGCACUUUUGAACUUAUCGACAUCAUCAAGGAAGAGGCAGCCAUCCGUGACGGACCAACCAUCAUCCAUGAUGAGUUUGGAGCAGUAUCGGCAGGUUUGCUGUGUGCCCUCAUCACACUUUCACAGCAACUGGAAAGUGAGGGGGUUGUCGAUGUCUAUCAAGUGGCCAAGAUGAUCAACCUCAUGAGGCCAGGAGUCUUCACAGACAUGGAUCAGUACCAGUUCCUGUACGAAGCCCUCGUCAGCCUUGUCCGCACCAAGGAGAUCGGCUUUGGGCCUCUGGACAUCAGCCGGACCUUGUCAUCGUUGUCUGAUCAAUCCGACGAGGCAGAAAGUAGAGAAUCACUAGUGUGAGGGCCAGAACUUGACUGAGGAUGUUGCGUGUCUGAAAAACAUCCCGCACCCCUUCCACUCCCGGAGUGCUUGAAGGAAGCAUCGAACUUUGUAAGCCGUCAAAGAACUAUUAUUAGACUUUUUGAGGCCUUUUUUGCCAGACUCUUGGUUAAAUUAAAACACCUGAUUACUUUUUUACACUGAUAUAAAAUACAAAUUGAUAUUUAUUUUUUCGUCUUAAUGUCCUCCGAUUGAAGGGUUUGCACCUGUUUUUUUUUUUUGUUUUUUUUCUUUAAGUUUGACACUGCUUCAGCAGGCAAUGAGAUCCACCUCUCUGUCGUUUCUCGUUUGCACUAUAUCCGAUAAUGUCAAUGUUACUGCCUAUGCUUGAAGCCCCCCACCCACCCGGCUCACGCAAGCUGAUUGUUUUGACAUUCCACAACCUUGUUCCCCCUGCUACGCGACCUGCUUCUGCGAAGGACGUUGCUCUGUUUGACGCUUUCCAUUGGAUCGAAACGAGCUCGAGGAGGAGGUCACACUCACCUCAGAGGCUAAACGCUGUUCAGCUGCAAUAACCUCCUCGUCCGUGCCCUUUUGGUCAACCGCAUUACCACACAUGCACUCUAGAAAACAGACCUAUUCCCACUGAUCUCUUGCUCUACAAAUGCAUUUCUCUUUUUUUUCUUGGUGUUUUUGCUUUGUUGCGUUUUAUGUAUUUAUUUUUAUUUUAUUAAUAUUUUUUGAAUCACAUUUUUGUUCAAAUAACAACAAAGUGGUAACAAGGUGGUGUUACAACUGUGAUCUUUGACAUCCUUUUUUGGCGUCACUUUCUGAUUUUGUAUAUAAACACACUGUAUGUGUGCCCGUAUGCAUAUAUUCUCAGCCACUACUGCGUCCUUCUUCUCUUUUGAUGUGUCUGCUGCUAUGCUGUCACAGUUCAUCGACUCUUAACACUCUUUUUCAUCUCAUUGAAAUCAUUCUGGACACUGUAUCCGAAACUCUUACCGGUCUUGCUAUUGGAUGGACACGCGAUGAUAUGCAGGGGAACAUUAUACGAAGCACGUUCUAUGCAACAGGUUGAAGAAAACCAAAACAGGGUGUGAUUCUCAGUGUUAACCGUUAGCGAUCAUCUGACCUCUUUUUGUGCUCUCCGGGCAGAGACGCGAUGGUUAAAUAACGUCAUUUCUUUGAACCAGUUGAAUUGAUGUCUGUCCCAUUUCAUUAGGGCAUAAAGUACUGAUAGAGAAACAGACAAGAUAUGAGUUCUUUUUUUUUUUUUUGGUGUGUGUGACUGAGUUGAUCUGCUCUGCCCGAUUUACCGACACAUUUUAAAGUGACAGACGACGCAAUGACCUAUUUCUGCAGCGCCCAAAGAAGGCACACUCAGUUACCGCCCGACUUAGUUUUUCCAUGUUUUUAUUUUAUGACUAUGGCUGUAUUUUUAAUCCAAAUGUUUACUGUAAUUAUGACUUUACUGUAUGAGCGUAGGUUAGUGGAAGACUAUGGUGUUCUGAGUCGCAUACCUAAUUGAAAGGAACUCCCAGGAUCCCCCCAACCCCCUGUAUAGUAUUUCCAAAAUGAGUAGAGGAAGUAGGUAAUUUGUACAAUAUUUACUACAUGUUUACAUUUUUGUUGUCAAUGAACAAAGUCAAAGAACUUCUUGAUGGUCAUGUUAUUAUUUCAUGGUAACUUGCUGAUACAGUACAGGUACUAAAUUUGGUUUCCGGGAAUGUGGUUUCCUGUUUUUGCCAUAUAUGAAGUACAAAUUUAAAAGACAAAGAGUCUUGUAAAAACAAUAAAUGUUUGAUUUAUCUCCACA